AACAACCAUUAAUUGGACGCUUUCACCUCGAGAAGGCAAAUCACGCGCAAAGCCACCUCCGCGUCAUCGUCGUCGUCUCCUCUCCUCUCCAAGCAAGCGAGGCGGCCUUGAGAUCUCCUACUCCUCCGCGCCGCCAUGGACGCCGUGGACUCGGUGGUCGACCCGCUCCGGGAGUUCGCCAAGGACAGCAUCCGCCUCGUCAAGCGCUGCCACAAGCCCGACCGCAAGGAGUUCACCAAGGUGGCGGCGCGGACGGCGAUCGGCUUCGUCGUCAUGGGCUUCGUCGGCUUCUUCGUCAAGCUCAUCUUCAUCCCCAUCAACAACAUCAUCGUCGGGUCAGGCUGAUCCGGUCCCGGCAGGUGAGGGGCUGCAGGACCUGGCAAUGGCAACAAUACCUUGGAAGCAGUUUUCAGCCCUAUAUCGUAAACAAUCAUUUAGGCUUUCUUUUUGUUAAGGACUGCUCCCCCUGUUUUGUCUCGAAAGAUUGUAUUGGUACCCUUGAAACUCCUUUUGUAACCUGAUACUGAUUAGGCAUUGGUGAGCUAACAGGUGACAAAAUCCAAUGGUUACAGUUUCCCUCA